AUGGGGAAGGCGCGGCACGCCGCCAAGCUCCCCCUCGCCCUCAUCCCCAAACCAAAACCCAGACCCCACGCCGCCUCUCCCUCCACGCCGCCUGCUCCUCCGCCCGCGCGUCCACCCGCCAAUCCUGCCAAACUCCGCAAGAAGCCCCACGGAACCUCCAAAAGAUCCACAGCCCUGCCCCCCGCCGACGCCGCCGCCCCGGCCGUGCAGGAGGAGCGGAAGCCCAUCCGUACGCCGGCUGACCUCGCGGCCGCCAUCCGCGCGGCGGCGGACGCGGACGUGGACGCGGCGGCCGCUUUGGCCCUCUCCGCGCCGCCGGACGUGCCGCUUCCGACGCACUCCCUCGCGCUCCUCCUCCGCCGCCUCGCCACCACCCGCUCCGUCUUCGCCGCGCGGGGCCUCCUCGACAAGCUCCACCCCGCCGGCGAGGACGACGGCGCCCCGCGCCCCAACCCGGCGCCGCGCGGGGCGCUGCUCGCGCUCGCCGACGCCGUGUGCCACCGCGGCGGGCCGCGCGAGAUCUCCGGCGUCCUCCCGGUGCUCAGGGACCACGGCGUCCGCGCCGACGCGCACCUCUACAACGCCCUCAUGAAGGCGCACGUCGCGGCGGACGACCCCGGGGCCGUCCUCCGCGUGUUCCGGCAGAUGAGGAGCGACGGCGUCGACCCCGACCUCGUCACCUACAACACGCUCAUCUUCGGCCUCGCGCGCGCCGGGAUGGUCGCCAAGGCCAGGGCUUUCCUCGACGCCAUGGCCGCGGAAGGCCACCUCCCGGACGUCAUCACCUACACCUCGCUCAUGAACGGGAUGUGCGUCCAGGGCGACGCGCUUGGGGCGCUGAAGCUACUCGAGGAGAUGGAGGCCAAGGGGUGCCAGCCCAAUGAGCGCACCUACAACACGCUGCUAAUGGGUCUCUGCAAGAACAAGAAGCUGGACAAGGCCGUGGAGGUGUACAAGUCCAUGGUAGCGGUUGGGAUGAAGCUUGAGUCGCCGGCGUACGCCUCCUAUGUCAGGGCGCUGUGUCGAUCGGGCAGCGUCGCCGACGCGUAUGAGGUGUUUGAUUAUGCGAUUCAGACCAAGAGUUUCACCGAGCCUAUUUUCCUUGUUGCACAUGAAUUGAACAUGGGUCUCUGCAAUCACAAGAAGCUGGACAAGGCCGUCGAGGUGUACAAGUCCGUGGAAGUGGCUGUGAUGAAGCUUGAGUCGUCAGCGUACGCCUCGUUUGUCAGGGUGCUUUGUCGAUCGGGCAGCGUUGCCGGCGCGUAUGAGGUGUUUGAUUAUGCGAUUCAGACCAAGAGUUUCACGGAGGUGACGGCGUAUUCUGAGCUUGAGAACUCUAUCAAGUGGCUGCGCAAGAUGAAGUCAUGA